AUCACCUGGAAAAACCUGCAUGACUGUCAGUGGGACAUUCACAUUACAGCUGCUCACGACCGGAUCACAGAUGUCUGCCAGACAGGCGCUAUUUACAGUGUUGUGAAGAUUCACGCCCUGCAGACUUGUUUACAAGCAACAAGAGGACAAGACACAUGCCGUCAGUCUACAUAUUGUUGCUACUGUUUAGUGGAGUAACACAGAAAGCUGAAGUGAGGAUCACCACACAUUCCACAACCCAGAAGACUAUAUGUAGAGCGAGUGUGAAAUUCCACAACCAAUUACCAGAGAAUUACUACUGUCUGAUGCAAGAGCACAAUAAGAAGCCAACACCCUUGAAUAAAAGCAGUUUCCCCAGAAGAAACUAUUUGGAUAUUUUUUUAGUUUCAACCAGUUUUUAACUUGAAUAUCUGACACACCUCUCUUAGAUAUAUCACUUUAAUGAAUUACUCUUUGCCUUUUUUAGAAGAUGAAUUUGAGAUUGUUGUUAUGAGGAGGGACGAGUUAGAACUAAACAGAUUUCCUCCACCAUGUCAUGGAAAAGAAACUACUUUGCAUCUGGCAGCAGUGGGUUGCAGGGAAUAUUCACCCCACGGACCAUGACAUCAAUCGCCCCUAGCAAAGGACUCAUCAACGAGCCGGGACAGAACAGCUGUUUCCUGAACAGCGCUCUCCAGGUUCUCUGGCAUCUGGAUAUCUUCCGCCGAAGUUUCCGGCAGCUCACUACACACAAGUGCAUGGAGGACUCGUGCAUCUUCUGUGCUCUGAAGAGCAUCUUUGCGCAGUUCCAGUUCAGCAGUGAGAAGGUGCUGCCCUCUGAUGCUCUCCGCUGUGCUCUUGCCAAAACCUUCCAGGACGAGCAGCGAUUCCAGCUUGGCAUUAUGGACGACGCGGCCGAGUGCUUUGAGAAUAUUCUCAUGAGAAUCCACUUUCAUAUCUCUGACGAGUCCAAGGAGGACAUCUGCACAGCCAAACACUGCAUCCCACACCAGAAGUUUGCCAUGACACUCUUUGAGCAGUGUGUGUGCAGCAACUGUGGAGCCUCUUCGGACCCCUUGCCAUUCAUUCAGAUGGUCCACUACAUUUCCACCACCUCUCUGUGUAACCAGGCAGUGCGGAUGCUGGAAUGCCGGGAGAAGCCCACUCCAGACAUGUUCGGAGAGCUGCUAAGGAAUGCCAGCACAGUGGGAGACCUGCGUAACUGCCCGGGUGACUGUGGAGAGAAGCUCCGAAUUCGACGUGUACUGAUGAACUCCCCAGAGAUCAUCACCAUUGGCCUGGUGUGGGACUCAGACCACUCUGACCUGGCUGAAGAUGUUAUCCACAGCCUGGGCACCGUCCUGCGGCUUGGAGAUCUGUUCUACCGAGUUACAGAGGACAAAGCCAAACAGGCGGAGCUCUACUUGGUGGGCGUGGUCUGUUACUAUGGCAAACACUACUCCACUUUCUUCUUCCAAACCAAAAUCCGCAAAUGGAUUUACUUCGAUGACGCUCAUGUGAAAGAGAUUGGGCCUAAGUGGAAGGAUGUGGUAUCCCGUUGUAUAAAGGGGCAUUACCAGCCGCUACUGCUGCUCUAUGCUGACCCCCGAGGGACGCCGGUCUCAGCUCAGGAUCUGGCUUCACGCCUAGACCUACACCACUACACUAAAGCAUAUUACGACAGCGAAGAUUCAGGCCGUGAACCAUCUAUUUCCAGUGACACACGGACAGAUUCUUCCACAGACAGCUACAGCUAUAAACAUUCUCACUCUCAUCAUGAGUCUGUGGCUUCCCACUUCUCCUCUGACUCCCAGGGAACCGUAAUUUGUAACCCUGACAACGCCUCCCACAGCAGCCUGGAAACCGCAGGUUCUUUGACUGAACCCGAUCCAGUGCAGUGCCAUACUCUCCGAAAAGACGGGGUCUUGGACAGGAAGGGAGGUGUUUUGGAAAGGAAACGAAGUGCCAGCAGGCCGCGAAAAUUUGAUAAACGUGUUGAUUCAAGGAGUCGAUGCUCAAAGACAGAUGAGGUGUUUUCUGCUGGCUACCACAGCGAAGGUGAGACUUUAAAAGAGCAGCAGGUUCCACGCUCUCUACCUAAACCCAACUCCAGUCGACUUCGAGACUUCAAGGAGACUAUGAGCAACAUUAUCCAUAACCGGCCACUUUCUGCAUUGUCCUCAGGCUCUGCAUGCCCACCUGACUCCACCGCUAAGGUGCAAGACUGGGAGGCAGAGAGCACCAGCAGUGACUCCAAGUCCAGCUCCUCUGGAGGACGCUACCGUCCGCCAUGGAAGCCUCGGCGCGAUGCCCUGAAUAUCGACAGUAUCUUCGGCAAGGAACGGCGCAAGCAGGCUGGCUACAGUCCAUUAGGAGCUCUUCUUUCUGAAGACACCAAGCCUCAGGGGGCGUUAACGGGGUCCAAGGAGCAGUCUACAUUUCGAGGCCUGCCGGGAUCCCUGGGUAGAGAGUCAGACCAGCCCCCACGGCUCAUCCAGAGGAUUGAGAGUGGCUAUGAGAGCAGUGAGAGGAACAGUAACAGCCCCGUCAGCCUUGACAUGCCUGUUAGCGAGGGCACCAAUAAUAGCCCACACAGCUUUCGAGAGGGAGGGUUACAAAAGCCUCCACCUAAUGUCAACCCAUCAUUAAAGUCUGUCACCAAAUCCAAGAGCAGCAGUGGCCUACUGCAAGAUGUCAAAGCGUCAGUAAAGGGCAAAACGGAUGAGGGCCGCAGUGAACUAGAUGAGCUACAGGAGGAAGUAGCUCGCCGGGCCAAGGAGCAAGAGCUACAGAGACGAAAGGAAAAGGAGAAAGAGGUAGCCAUGGGCUUCAAUCCCAGACCCAGCAAGUUCAUGGAUCUGGAUGAGCUCCAGAACCAAGGGAAAGGGGAAGGCAUUGAGCGCUGUGUGUUGGAGGCAGAGUCUUUGUUAGACCAGUCUUUGAGACUGGAACAGGCAGGAGAGGUGGCCGCUGCUCUGUCUGUGGUUAACGAAGCAAUGUCUAAACUCAGGCAUACCUUGCAUGAGAGCAGCGCUAACGCUCAGGGCAGGAUGCAAAAGUGCAUGAGGAGAGCACGAAGUCUGCAGCAACGCAUGCAGCAGCAAGAACUGCAGCAAAAGCAACAGGAGGAAGAGAAGGAACAGAAACAGCCUCUCAGUGAACAGCCUGUCCCGGUCGAAAUACUUCUGACAAAUGUUAAAGAAGAGGAUGAGAAGGCAGUUUCAGAAGAUGCAUUAAGACCACAUUCACCUCUCCUCAUGAAAACUCAGCCUGCAAUUAAACCAAUUCCUGAUGCCCCUGGCCUUCCUGUAUCCUCCCACCAUACAGACCCACUCUUAAUGCAGCAGGGCAGUUCAGGUGACAACUCCAGUCCUGUGACAGAGAAUGGACCACACUCACACACAUGUUGCCCCAAAGACCCCAUCACAAUCACAAACUCUCUUGUACAGACUGCCAGUAAAUGCAGUUCUGCCACUGUGCCUGUGAUUGCGGUGAAUAGUUGUGAGGGUCCUCUCCAGCCCUCUGCUUUGCCCAACUACAAGCACUCUAGUCCAUCUUAUUUCAACAGUCAGUGCCCACCUCUGUCACAAAGUAUCCAUCACACAUCUUCACACAUCAGCUCCAACUUUGGGGAUGGGCAGCAGGAGUUACCACAGCAGGCUCGCCCUCAGUCACUACAUGGCCCAUCAAAUGCACCCCAUGGCCACGUUUCUGAUGCCUGUCAAAAAUCAAACACACUCCGGGCACCCCCACGUAACUGGUCUUGCCGCAGUUUGGGACGACCUGAUCGGCAUCCAACUGUGAUGGAUUCCACCCUUCGCUCUUCAGCAGACCUCAACUCCCCCUCACUUCCCUGUCCUCCGUCCCUGUCUUCACCAGCACUGGAGCACCAUCCAGCUGCCCCCAUGCCUGUGGAGCGCUGGGCUGAGAAUGUCAAUCGAUACUACAAUUCCCAGAAUUCAGCAGUGUCAGGACGUGGCUCACCCUGUGAGGAGCUGUCAGAGCUGGAUUCGCUCUAUCAGGCCAGCUUAAAGGCUCCCAGCAUGCCCCGAGCCCCACGAGGACCCAGCCCUCAGCAUGCCAACAGAUCAGGUCCCGUUGCUUCUCGAAAGCACAUUGUAGGACAUUCUGCCACUCCUGGUCGUUCCAAAACCCCCACAGCAGAGAUUGAGAAGUAUGCUUACAGAACGCCAGCAUAUAGCAGUAAACUGGCUCAGAAGCCUGUUUCUGCUGCUGUCUAUGGUGAAGAUGAAUCAUACAGUGCAGAGAACCUGCGCCGAAUUGUUCGCAGUUUCAGUGGGACUGUCAUCGGCGGACGGGCUGACAACGUCCCCCCCUCACGCAGCUUUGACCCCCCUGUUUCCAGGAUGCCCAACCAUGUGAGCAUGCAACUCCCCACACGUCGUUCCAGCACCUCCCUGCAUGUUUUACCCCCUCCUCCCCACAAUCCUCCAAUGUUCUCUCACGAGCCGCAGCACAAGUACCUUCACCCAAGUCACCACCCCGCCCCUCCAUCACACCUGCACCAGCAGACACUGAGGCCUAGCGUAUCAGGGCCCUCUUAUGGACAAACAGGAGAUAUCCAAAAGCCCAACAAGUUUCUGGCUGUGCUUGACCGGGGUGAAGUGCUCUCCCGUGAAAACUACCACAAUGUCGCAAUGAGCUAUGGGACUCUUCCACGGGCUCUCCGUCGGUCAACAUCAACCGGGCCCCCUGUUCAUCAAGCCAGGCCAGAACCCCCGGCUGGCCCAGGACCCCGUAGCCACCCAGAUGCUUAUGCCACACUUUCCCGCCCUCACCGUAAUGCACCAUCAGUUAAGACAAUGGAUGUUUUUCACAGGCAGCAUCACCAACAAUCCAGCCAUGGUGCCACUCAUAACCCACAUCAAUCCAGCCAUCAUCACCCACAUCUGGCCUUUAUGCCACCAGCCCAGCCACUCCGUCUUGAUGUGCCCCCUGAGAGGGACUGGACGACUGCUGACUAUAGGGUGGCUUCUAGAGACACUCGUGUCUUCCACAAGCCAGAGCCACGUGGUGGGACAUCCCGUGGCCCACCUGCCUAUUUCUGUGCCCUGUGCAAGCAGAAUCAAGCUGAGCCCUCUAGAAGUUAUUGCCAAACCUGCAGAGCCCAUAUGAACCACUACAGGAUAACCAGCUGAGUGAUAAAUAUACAUACUGGAAUACACAUCUGAAAUACAUCUUUCUAGACUCUCAUUCUCUGACUUGACUUCAUUGGUUCAAGGUUCAUUGCCUGAACGUUGCCUGCUGAUAUACAGUGUUUGCUCCAUAUAUGCACAAGUUCUAUAAGACUUGUUUACUUUAUGCUCCUUGAAAUUAGCAUUCCAAGCUAACCAUACUUAGUUCUGUGAUUGUAAUUUAACUAUGUUAACACAAGUUUAGUGCACUUCAGAAGUGUUACGUUAGAAGCGUUCCUCUGUUGUAACUUCUCCCAUUUUAUGGGAAAACAAAUGUUUAUGUGCAACUACUUAACUUAGAGGGCUGUAAUGUAACUGUGCAUCAGAAUAUUAAUCAAAGGUACAUCAGAUUUCUCCAUUGUACCAACAGUCAAUUUUCAACCACCUUAUUGGCAUUUGUGUCAGUAUUUUUGUGUACAGUUUUGCCUAAUAGUAGCAUCAAAGCCUCCUAAUUGUGAUCAUUUUUAAUAUUUUGUAGUAGCAGCAGUUUUAACUUUUUGAUUUAUACAGUAUAUCUUACAUUAAAUGUUAAGUGCAAAAUGUUUUUAGGCUGUUAAGAAUUAAAAGAUAGAUGAAAGAAGAACAGAAAAAUCUGCAGUGCCUUGGAUUGUGAAAGGCAACACAUUUUCAGUUCCAUUUUAUAGAUUUUGCAGCCAUAUAAUAUAAUACAUGCUUAUUAUAAUAGUGCAAAAUUAGCUUUUCCCCACUUGGAGAUUAAAAGUUUUAUUUUUUAUUUUAUUUUGUUAUUACUUGGAAACAUGGACUAAGAUCAUUAACUUGGUCAUGAAGUCUUACGCAAGUGUGAAGCAAUGUCUGUUAGCUGAAUUUGAAAGUGCAAAUGUGCCAUUUCAUGGAAAUUAAAGUGUUACCUGCUCAUCAUAGCGGCCACAAGAGUACUUUAUAUUGAAACAAGGCCAAAUUUAUUAACGCUUUUCAUACAUGAACACUGAUUAUAGCAGGUCAAAUACCUCCAAUCGAAUGUUUUCUUUUUUUUGCAUGUACUAUAAUUUCGUAAAUCGGAACCUAACAGUGAAUCAUAGUGCCUCUGUAUUGAAUUAUCUGAAGCUUGGCCAAUAUGCAGUACAGCACUGCCCUGGCAUGAUUAUUAAAAGAACAUGGAUCUGUGACACAAUUGCCCCUUUUCUUCCUUAUUCCUCCUUUCUUUCUUUCGUCCCUCCCUUUUUUCUGAAUUAAAAUACAAAAACAGAUAUUGCAAAAAAAAAAAGCAGGGCUGUGUAUAUAUAAGUGUGUACAGAUAUGAAGUCUUUGACCGAAUACAGAUGGAUUAGGACUUGUAAAUGCUGUGCUAGAAAUUAAACUUGUAUUUUUGCAAUAAAGUUAUAUUGAGCUCCUGUAA